CUCUUUGGUAAUUUCGUGGUCAACCGCUCGUUUAGUGCUUAUCAAAAUUGCAAUAUUUACAAUUAUUGAUUACUUAAACACCCCGUGUGAUAAACUUUUUGCCACCAGUACAAAGUGCCGAACGUGAUUGAUUUUUGCCUUCUGCCCUCGUGUGUGGCACCACCUUUUCAUGACAAAAAAAGACAGUAAAAUAAAAUCAAUGCUGGCGACGUGUAAACAGAGGAAAGGUAAAAAGUCAGGUGGCGUCUUCCCCACCUUCCCCACCACAUUUUUGAGGGUCUGGGUCUUAACCAAGUGGAAUUUCAGCCGACUAAAGUCUAUGCGAACACACGCCGGGUUAAUGGAAUAUCACACAGAAAGUACUCGUCAUGUGGGAAAAUAUAGCUUCACUACGGGCAGCGUCCAAUUAAUUCACUGGCGACAUUUGAGCGAUGGAAGGACAGGGUCAUACACUUAACCGACGUGUUCCAUUUUAAUUUCGCGAAUGUCGGGAAGUGGUUUCGAGUUGAACUUACUCCCAAAAAGGCAGAAUGACUGGAUCAGUCCACGAUCCGAAAUGGAGCCUGGAGCGCCGUGAGUCCUCUGGUCAUUUGGUGUGGCGCAAGGAUUCUCCGGAGUCGAAAGUCCGGUUUCGCUUCGACGUCGAGGUCCUGGAGUUCGAGAAGCAUCCCCACGAGGAGCUCGAGGACAAGGAGGACCACUUCUCCAUCACAAGUCUCUCGGCGACGGUGGCCAUGUGUGCCACCUGUGUGGCCGUGGUUGCCGCCUCCGUAUUCCUGCCCUGGUAUUUAAUGGAGAAAGUGGGAUCGCUCUGAAAAACGAAGCCCAAAAGCACGGACUUCUUGUAUAUAGGUACCUUGACGGUAUUAAGUAGACUCUUGUACAUAAACAAGCGUAGAUUUAUCUAUUUGUAAAUAGUACGUACGUUGUAAAUAGACUUUAAACGCAGUGGUUUUUAUAAAGUUAGAGUUUGAAAAACUCUUUGUGCAAUAAGAGUGACUGCUAAUGCCAAACUACGGAAUGUGGAUUGUAUUUUAGGACGUGUAAAAUUCUCUUAAGUUUAGUCAUAUGGAAUAUCACAAAGAUAGUUAAUGGAAUAAACGAAAUUACUUGCCCUUUAAA